AUGCCUUUCAAGCCAGAGAUCUACUACGAACCGGACCAGAAGGUCUGGAGUGGUUCGUAUGAAGCCCCAUACUUCUCCCCUGACCUGUCCGUGGGUGAGAUCACAUUUACGGAAAUGCAGCGUCAUCCGCAGCUGAUCGCACAGAUCUCUGCUUCGGAAAACACCACGCUGACCCGUGAGGAGCUGUUUUUGAACUCGCAGAGCAUUGCUUGUUAUAUGCGCAACUUGGGUCUGUAUCAAUCGGAUAUUGUGGGCAUUAUUGCCAGGAAUACGACGCAUAUGUCCGCCGUGGUCUAUGCCUGCCUUUUCAAUGGCAUUGCCUUCCAUCCCCUGAAUGUUAACUACAUGGAGAACACCAUUGAGAAGCUGUUCGAAAUUACACAGCCUAAGAUCAUCUUCUGUGACGGUGAUGAAUACGACAAGGUGAAGGCAGCCACCACCAAGCUGGAUGUUAAGAUUGUUACCAUGCGCAACCACAAGGAUGGCUCCAUUAAAAUAGAGGAUGUGGUGGCCACGCCCAUUCACGCAAACUUUGCACCUGUGCGCCUGGAGCAGGGCAAUAACCAAACGCUGGGCAUUCUCUGCUCAUCGGGCACCACCGGCGUUCCCAAGGCCGUCACCAAUGCUGGAGCACACAAAUUCUUCAGCACAACCAAAUAUUUGAUUUCCGCGGACAUUCAAUACUGCCACAGCACUCUCGACUGGGUGACUGGCUUCACUGCGGUCAUAUCGAGUGGUGUGCACAGCACCUUGCGCAUUAUAUCCGCUGAGAACUUCGAUCCGACGCUCGUAUUGAACCUUAUUGAGAAGUACAAAAUCACUUGGCUGCUGAUUGCGCCCUCUCACAUGGCCAUGCUGGCGAAUAGUCCAGACUUCGAGAAAAUCAAGAUGGAUAGCCUCAAGCACUUUAUAUAUGGCGGCAUGUGCUGCUCUGUGGAGGUUCAGGAGCGUAUACGCAAGCGUUUGAAUAAGGGCGUACUGCAGUUCGCCUAUGGCUUCUCGGAGCUGGGCUCCACGAACUGCACGCUCAACAAGCAUUAUGAUGAGAAACCCAAUUCGGUUGGUCGCAUUUUGCCCGGACAAAAGCUGAAGAUCAUCAACGAGAAAGGCGAGGCACUCAACCCGAAUGAAACGGGUGAGAUCUGUAUCAAUCCCUGUCAGUACUGGCCCGGCUACUACAAAAAUCCAACUGAGUCGCGCAAUGUACGCGAUAAGGACGGCUGGUUCCAUACCGGCGACUCGGGCUACGUCGAUAACGAUGGCUUCCUGUACAUAUCGGGUCGCAUUAAGGACAUGCUGAAGUUCCAGAACAUCAUGUACUAUCCCAGUGAUAUCGAAGAUGUCAUCACCAAAAUGCCAGGCGUGGCCGAGGUCUGUGUCUUUGGCAUUCACAAUGACAUCAACAUGGAAGAGGCCGCAGCCUCAGUAGUGCCUAAGCGAGGCGCCAAAAUCACGGCCGAGGAUGUGGUUAAGUAUGUCAAAGAUAAUGUCAGCACAAACUAUCUGCAGCUGCAUGCGGGCGCACUUAUUGUCGACGAUAUCAAACGCCAGCCCAACGGAAAGACCAGUCGAGAGGCCACCAAGCAGCAUUUCAUAGAGAAUAAGAGUAAAUAA